GGGAGAGAAUCCUAGAAAAGAAUGGGGCAUAAGUUUAAUCCGUCUCAAAAGUCAACAGAGAAUGUUAGAGUUGGAAGGGACCUUAGGAGUCUUAUAGUCCAACCCCCUUGCAUUACAGAGGAACAUAGAAAGCUGCCAUAUCUGCAGUCAGACCAUUGGUCCAUCUAGCUCUGUAUUGCCUACACAGGCUGGCAGCAGUUUUUCCAAGGCUGCAAGCAGGAGUCUCUCUCAGCCCUAGCUUGGAGAUGGAACUUGGAACCUUCUGCAUGCAAGCAGGCAGUUUGUCAGUUUAUCCAGGAACUUGUGCCAGAUCCCAUGGCUAGACACUGUUCCAGUGUGUGAGCAGGAGGAUUUUACAGGGAAGAAAUGCCAGAAGGAUGGUCUGGCUCACUGGGUAACUUCGAUCUCAGCCUAACCUACCUCACAGGGUUGUCGUUAGGAUAAAAGAGGCACUGAAGAGAAAUAUGUAUCCUACCCAGAAUUCCUUGAAAGAGGAAGGGGUGGUUUGCUUUGGUAGAAUACAGAAGGGGUUAACCAUUGCCAUCUCCCUUGCAGUCUGAGAUGAUGCCUUUCAGCACCUUCCUAUAUUGCUGCUGCCCGAUAUAGGAGUUCCCCUUAUUCUGGGAAACACACCAGCGGGGAUUUGAACCGACACCCUCUUGCUCUCUAGGCAGUUUGCUUCCCCGCUGCGCCAUUGGGUGGCCACGAAGGGGUGGAAUAAAAAUGUAAUUGAUAAUAUAUUUGAAGGUGGUGUGCCAGGUGCUGUACAUAGGAACAUAGGAAGCUGCCAUAUACUGAGUCAGACUAUAGGUCCAUCUCGCUCAGUAUUGUCUACACGGACUGGCAGCGGCUUCUCCAAGGUUGCAGGCAGGAAUGUCUCUCAGCCCUAUCUUGGAGAUGCCAGGGAAGGAACUUGGAGCCUAGAUGCUCUCCCCAGAGUGGCUCCAUCCCCUAAGGGGAAUAUCUUACAGCGCUCACACUUCUAGUCUCCCUUUCAUAUGCAACCAGGGUGGAUCUUGCUUAGCUUAAGGGGACAAGUCAUGCUUGCUACCACAAGACCAGCUCUCUUCCAGCUCUCGGAACAUAAGAACAGCCCUGCUGGAUCAGGCCCAAGGCCCAUCUAGUCCAGCAUCCUGUUUCACACAGUGGCCCACCAGAUGCCACUGGAAGCCUACAGGCAGGAGUUGAGGGCAUGCCCUAGUCUCUCCUGCUGUUACUCCCCUGCAACUGGUACUCAGAGGCAUCCUGUAUACAUUAGUUCUAGGAUAGGAGAAAAGUGGGGUAUAAAAGUAAUAAACAAGUAAAUAUCUAAAAAAAAUUCAGUGAUAUUUCUCGGUGUUGGGGAUUGACAAAAGGCAAGAGGGAGGUGCAGGUGCUGAGUGGAGUCUAGGGUGAUGUACAGCACAAACGUGUUAAUGUGGGAGUAAGUUCCACUGCUUUCAGUAGGACUUAUUCUCUAGCGAAGGUGCACAGGAUUGCAGCCUCAGGAAUGGUUUUGCUGAAGGCUAGGCUGGAUCUUCAGGACCGACACAAGGAUAUGCUUCUGAGCCAUUGGAUUUGGCACAAAAAUUCCUGGAUCAACUGGGAGGAGGAUGCACAGGGGGUUGGGCUAGAAAACCUCCAAGGUCCCGAUUCUGUGAUUCUAUUAUAUGAUGUUUUCAGACAUCCCGUUUUUUCUUUUGACAGCUCUUACUUGUUCUUCCCAAAGACUUUGACAACAACCCUGUACCUUGAGUUAUAAUGCCAUUAAUGUCAGUAUUCAUUUCUGAAUAAUCCUUGUGGGUCUCAGCUCAGCCAGUCUCUCCAGUGUUCGCGCCAGCAUCCUCUAGAGGGGAAAAAGCCCAGUGCAUCCGCCUCCACUGACACAGCCAUCAAUGAAUUCCCUAUGGGAACUAAUUUCAACCCUGUGCCUGUUGUACUGUAGUGGGUGUGGCUUGCCUUCAGGGAGAAAGGGAAGGGGUGGAGUUCUAAGCAUCCUUUAGCAUCCUUCGCUCUGUGUUAGGUACCAGUCCCCAAGCAGACAGCCAAGUCCCAGGUGUGGUGGAAGUAAUAGAUGGGAGUAGGGAAUUGAAAAGUUAAGAGAGUUGGUUGGGAGCAGUGAGUGGGGUGGAUGGAAGGAUAAACACAUGAGCAAGAGAGGAAGAGGAUUGCUACACAUUGAUGCCCUUACCUAAAAUCCAUCGCCUCAAGCCUCUUCAUCCCAGGAACAGUGCCACUUAACGCAGGAUUCUUGGAGCAGUUCAUCUUGUCCUGGAAUACGCGGCCUCCUCUCAGCAUAAUGCCUCGUGGUAGUCACCCACCCCUCCUUGGCCUGUCACCUCCACAGUCCCUGGCCACCUAUGAACAUGGGCAUGAUCUAUGCACCUUCGUGUCAACAGCAGCAUCCCAUGUCAUGCGCACUCUGCAGCGACCCCGUAAGGCUCGGCCUAGCAAGAGGAAGGUGAACCACCGACGGUUUCUUCAGAACCAGAUAUGCAGGAGCUUUUCAGACAUUGAGGCUGCCACACGUCGCUUGGCCUCCUCCAUCCUGUCCCAGCAAGCGAGGACUAAGCCCUGCACACCACCGCCGGCCCUGGCGCUUCCUGGCUCCUUUUUGGGCAUAGCUGAAGCAUUUGUGGCUCCCGACCCAAGCCCCAGCCGGGCCCCCUCUCUCAAUUCUCUGACGCCAGACCCUGCUGAACUUUUUGAACCUAUUACCAAGGAGGCGGGGUCAGCAGCACUCAACACGUGGCCCCUGUUUAGCCCGGAGCCCUUUGGAGCAAGCUGGCUCGCCGGUGACGUGCAAUCCGACAUACAGUCCCAUGCAAGCUCUGCGGCCUGUGGAACCUGCGUGGUCCCACACACUUGCCCUCCAGUUGCAUUUGAGUGUUCCAGCCAUGCCUCUGAGCCAGGGGCACUGGUGCUUUCUGCCGAUGACACCUACGUGCCUUUCUGGGAGCUGGAAAUGUGGUGACCUCCCCGGCUGCAAAAGCAGAUUUCUCUCACUCAGCUAAAUCUCCUGUCUUGAGAGAAGAGAGCACUUCUCAGCCACAUCCCAGCCCUUCUCAGCCGUAAUUCAGAGGAGGAGGAGAACUCCCCAUUGUCACCGAAAUACAUUUUCCGAGAAGCACUUCAGCACACAGCUGUCAUCUACUGUAUGCUGUGUGUAUUCAGCCUCAGCACAGCAUCCCUCCAGUGGCUGUUGCUGGUAUCUGCCUUAUGUUUCUUUUUAGAGUGUGAGCCCUUUGGGGACAGGCAACCAUCUGAUUUCUGUAUUUUUUAAUGUAAACCACUUUGAGAACGUUGGUUGAAUAUAAAUAUUUGUAGUAGGCGUAGUCUAACUCCUGACUUUUUGAUGGUUCAGAGGAAAAUCCUUCUCUCAAAAUCUUGGGAAGAACAGAUCUUCUUCCCUCCCUUUCUCUCCUCCGCAAAUAUCCCUUCAUUCAUUAUAUCUUCCUCUUUCUCUCUCUCUCUCCUUCCACUCUUCUCUUUUCCAUCCUUCCUUUCUUCCUUCAGUAAGCUAACAUACUCACUAACAAACCAAAUUGGUUUAUAUUAAAUAUCUUGGCUUAGCUAUGUUGUGUCUUUCACCUUCCACUUCACAAUGCUCCACCAUUUACCUUGUGCUCAUUUCCUUUCCAUUAUACUUAAGUGUAUAUUAUACAUGUUUCUUUGGGUUAAUAAUUGCAUAAGAGAAAUGACAGUCGAUAUAUCCUAGUCGCAGAAUACUAGCCCCUAUGAACUGUGUCUGGUUCAAAGCUUGAUGUGAACAUUAAAUGUUUUGUUUCUUACUGC